AUGGGAAAAGCUAAGUCUUUGCCACUUCAUUGCGUGGUUGAGUCAGUGCCAUCAUUGCAAGCAUCUUUCCAAUUGGAUUCACGAAGUCCUUGGCGACGUCGACCAAAUAUUGAGACCGACAGUUACGUGAUUGUACCAGCUGCAACACCUUUUUGUGAUAUUGUGACAAUCGCAUUACAAAGACUUGGUUACUCGUCAGACAUUUCCAAUACAGCCAAAGGAGCGAUUAUAAUCAAAAACUGGAAGCCACUUCCACUCGACAAAAUCACCGACAACACAUUGAUUUCUGUUAGCGAGAUUCUCGGUGAAUUGACAUCAAGUGUGACGCUCAAAAUCACAAUUAUUCGUACGAAACCCACGCAACUUGCCGAAAUUAAAGAUAAAUUGUUGAAACUGUUGAUCCUUCAAUCUCACACUGUCUUGCGAUCGACUGGAUGUCCAUUAGACGAGAUUACUUUAUCGCAAAUAUGCCGCAGCCCAUUGCAAAAUCAUUUUCCGUUUUCACCAGAGAUAACUGACGAUGUGCGUAGAAAGUUCGACCAGUGGUGGGCGAGUCAAUUGACACCGCAAGCCAAUCCAAUUGCCCACAAGAUUUUACCGUUUAUGAAUCCACAAUCAACGGAACUGGAUUUUGCAGCGCCAAACCUUCACAAUUUACAUCCGUCACGUGAACCACUUCUUGAUAAUCAUCACGUGACACAUCCAAGUAUGAUUGUUCAUCCGGCAUUGCAGACUGUGCACUCGCAGUAUCCGAAUCAGAAGACAAGAAUGAGAACCAGUUUCGAUCCUGAAAUGGAACUGCCAAAACUACAGAGAUGGUUCCAGGAAAAUCCACAUCCGUCACGUCAACAGAUUCAAACUUACGUCGUUCAAUUGAAUUCAUUAGACUCGCGACGUGGUCGAAAACCACUUGACGUAAAUAAUGUUGUUUAUUGGUUCAAGAACGCGCGUGCAGCUCAAAAACGUGCUGAAACCCGAGGACAUAACUUGAGUAAUGGCUUCAAUCAAAGUGGUUUGAUGAUGCCCCACAGUGACUAUAUGAAGAGUUCUCCAAGUGCACCCUCUGAUGAUAUUGAUAAUAUUUCGCAACAUUCUGAUGACAUGGACGAUGAUGAACGACCAUUGUCACCACAGUUGCCCUUACAAUUGACUGUUCAUGAAAGAAAUCGAUCAGUAACGACACCAUCAAACAUUGAGUGUGAAACAAGAAUCAAACUUGAAGACGAACGAUCGUCAAGUCCGAUUGUUUCAUCAAAUGAAAAGGAAAAGAACAACUCGAAUGGAAAUAAUGGAACGAACGAGGAGAAUUCAGAGAAUCAAAGCUUCAAUCGUAACAACAAUAAUGACGAGUCAGUAAAAUCGAACAACUCCAUUGAUCACAGUUCAAAUUCUCCACAACCUCGUUCACCAUCGCCAUCUGAAGAUUUGGAUAUUGACGAUCAAGACGACUUUCGUUCUCCAUCACCGAAUGAUUCAAAACGCGACCUCUUCCCACUUGUCAAUCCAAAUUCAAUGUUUUCAGCACAUUCAAUAAUGUACAUGAGUCACUACAUUCCAGCAAUGCAAAACGCCCAUCAAUCAGUGCAUGGGCAGAAUCAUCCCUCUUUAAAUGCUGCUGGGUUGAACCUUUCAAACUCUUUUAAUAGCAGCGACGAGAGACGCAAACGCAAUCGCACUUUUAUCGAUCCUGUAACGGAAGUUCCAAAGUUGGAGCAAUGGUUUUCAAUGAACACACAUCCAUCGCAUAAUUUGAUUUUGAAAUAUACGGAAGACUUAAACCGGAUGCCAUAUAGACAAAAGUUUCCCCGACUUGAGAGUAAAAAUGUGCAGUUUUGGUUUAAAAAUCGUCGUGCAAAAUGUAAACGCUUGAAGAUGUCGCUUUAUGAUUCGCCAUCACAACUGACUGGCUUAAAUCCAUUUCAUAGUGCACCUGACCGUGAUUUAAAUCCAUUCCAUACAUCAUCUGACCGUGAAUAAUAUUUAAUGAACAAUUUCAAUCAAUUUUAUCAGAAGAAAAAAUUCACCGACACUUUAUAAAGUAAAGUGCACGAGCACUAUUGGGAUACUUGAGAAGCAAUUGAUGAAAUGAUUGGAAUUGGAUUGUUUAUCGACUAUGCAUAUAAAAGUGAAUGAUUUUUCACUGUUUGGAUGAUUAAGUUUUAUUUUCUUCUAGACAAAUAAAGUGUGACUCGCACUAUUGUUUCAGUUUCCUUAUUAGCGUCAAGUUUUAUUUUUAUUUUAUUAUUUUUAGAUUCACUUCAAUACAAAACUUUGUUGACAUAGUGUGAAUGAUCAGGCCAUGAAUUAGUGAUAAGAAUUAGUUUAUAAGAUUGAUGCUAAAUUAUUUUAACGCCCACCUUGAGACACUCCACGAUUUCUGGUCAAGACGUGAAAUGAAAAUGAUUUUUGAAAAGAAUUAAAAGAUGAGAAAGAUUCUUAGGCUAAAUAACAUAUCGAGUAAUUAACGUUUAAAAAUAUAUUUGCAUACUAUUAGAACAUUGGCUCAUUGUAUUGAAGACACUUAAAUAGUAGAAAUUAUCCUUCGUAUAAAUAAAUAUAUCAAGGCGAUGAAUUAGAAGAGAAACUCCA